CCAACCAUCAGUGAUGAAGUGAAAAUCGUGUCGUGAAAAUAGUUUGGGAAAUCGCGUGAUGCUUAAGUUGGAAGUUUUCCAGGAAAAUGCUGCCAAGGAAGCCAUAGUUUAUCAUACAAAAAUAGGCAACCGAUGGCAGUUUUCUUAUGGACGGCUGUGGGAAGAGAUCGAAAAUAUUCGGAAGUUUAUAGGUGACACUGGCUUCCAAACAGAGGGAAAUAUUUCUUCAAUCGGACUAAUUUUAAACCAUUCCGCAGUUCUCAUUGCUGCCAUCUGUGGCAUAAAUCUCUCUGGAUUGGAAUUCUGUUGCCUUUACUCAGAAACAAGAAACUUAGAAAGUAUACUGUCCACCUUAGCUACGAUUGGCACCAACAUUUGUGUCUGUAGAGAAAAUUUUAUCAGAAGUCUCGAGGAAUCAAAUCACGUAUUUAAAAUUCUAAAAAAAAUAGAAAUUCUCAACGAAAAAAUUCACGUUAUAAGAAUCAAUUUGAAACAGAAAACAAUUCGACCUGUGUCAGGGAUUGUUUAUGCAGUUGCCACUUCUGGCAGCACCGGUCAGCCAAAGCUUGUACGAGUUCCUUUAAAAUGCAUCCUACCAAAUUUGGAAGCCCUCGAGAGAAUCGGGCAAGUCACAGAACGGGAUCGAGUUUUCAUUUCAUCUCCACCGACUUUCGAUCCGUUUAUUUUGGACGUGUUUUUGGCAUUGCGGAACGGAGCCUGCUUGGUAAUGGCCGAUCGGAGGACUCGAUUAUGGCCGGCACGAUUACUCGAAUCGGUGAUCCUGCCAGAGAAAAUAAGUUUUGUUCAGAUAACUCCAUCGCUUUUCUGCCACUGGAUGGAUGACUCGAAAGGAAAGGCCCUCCUUGAACCGGGAAGCUCGUUGAGAACCCUUAUCGUAGGUGGAGAACCGUUUCCAAGGUCACUAAUGAAACUCCCAGUUGGAUGCCCAGUUCAGGUGUUUAAUGUUUACGGAAUAACAGAAAUCUCAUGCUGGGCAACGAUCCAAAAACUUGCGCCAGAACUUGAUGUGGUAGAUGUUCCAAUUGGGGUUCCGCUCGAUCCUUCCAUAGAACUGAUACUCCACGAUGUUGACACCGGUUUGCCGAUUAUCGUAAACGGAAAAUUGAACGUUCGAGGGGAACUUUACAUUGGAAGCAGCUCACGGAAAUGCCUGGUUGGUGAUGAAAAUUGGGAGCUGACUGAAGUAUCAAAAAUGCUAUACAGACGAACAGGAGAUCUCGUCGAGCGUCGUGGUGAUGGUGGAUACUAUUAUGUAGGUAGAUGCGAUCACAUGAUCAAGCGAUUCGGUGUUCGAGUAGGUUUAUCCCGAAUAGAAUCAACAGCCGAACGAUACAGAGGAAUUUCUCGAACCUGUUGCGUAUUCAAGCCUGAUAGUAAUAAAAUAGUACUUUUUUACACGGGCUGUGAUAAACCAACUACCGAGUUCCGCAAAUUUCUCAGCUCAAACUUGGACCAGGCAGAAGUCCCUGAUGAUUUACAAUGGGUCAAUGAAUUUCCACUUUCAACUCAUGGAAAAAUCGACAGACGAGCGCUUCUGCAAAUGAUGAACGAACGAGGGGAAGAAUUAUGUAUCGAAUAUUGGUUUAAACGACAGAUUUCCAAUCUUUUCGGGGUUUUCUCGAGCAACUCUGUUGACACCAAACGAGUGAGAUUCGAUACAUCUGUUCUAGACAAAUCGUUCAUUGAUUUCGGUGGAACGUCAAUCCAGGCUCUUCGAAUAGUAACCGAUAUUCAAGAAAACUUUCACCUCAAGGCACGGGAUCUUAUGGGUAUGUUGCUGGACCAAUCGAUUAGUAUAGAAGCAGUGUUAGGCUAUCUCAGAACCAUUAGGGCAGUUAGUUCAAGAGAAAUUUGUACAGAGUUUUCUGUGAAUUCGCAGAAGAUUGUGGCAAAGCCAGUUUAUGAUCUUGGGAAAUGUAUCGAUGCCACACCUACGAUAAUUGUUUCAAAAAAAUACAUACUGUUGGCCGUAGGGAGUCAUUCGCACAAAGUUGCUGUUUUAAAAGUUGAUGCUGAGUCUGAAACUCUUGUGUCCGAGCUCGUUCUUCCGGAUAGAGUAGAAAGCCCGGUUACCACUCUAGAUGAAGAACUUGGAUUGGUGGGAUGCUACAAUGGGUUCAUGUAUUGCUUUGAGCUAUGGACCGGGAAAAUUCGUUGGAGUUUCGACUCAGGAGGAAUGAUUAAAAGUCAGGCAGUGGUAGUUGACGGCAGCAUCUUUUAUGGAAGCUAUGGUGCUGAUUUCAAUUUGUUCUCCCUUGAUAAGGAAGGUUCUCCAAUCUGGAAACAAAAAAUCGGUUCCAAGGGCAUUUUAUCUAGGUCGACGUAUCUUGGCAAUGGAACAAUAUUCGUCGCUACUCUUGAUGGUACCUGUACAUGUCUGUCAGUAAAUGAUGGGUGUAGUAGAUGGAUUUUUAAAUUAGAUUCUCCAGUUUUUGCCAACAUUGCCUAUCAUCAGCCUCUCGAUAUAUUAGCCGUAGCGGAAGUUCGAGGAUUGGUACAUUGUUUAAGCGCUUCCAGUGGGAAAGAAAUAUGGAACAUUCCCAUUGAAGCAAAUUUGUUUUCUACACCGACAAUAUUGCAGCACCCUAACUCGAUUGAUUUAAUUUUUGGGUGUCAUGAUCAGCACGUUUACUGUUAUCAGUGGAAAACUACGGAUAAUGAACCAUCCUUGAAGUGGAAAAGUAAACUUCAAUCUCCCAUUUAUUCGGGAGUGCUAGUAACAAACAACCUUGCUCUGGUGUGCACCACGGCCGGAUAUGUCAAUCUGGUUUCUCUCACAUACGAAGGAAAAGUUGUCGGAUGUGCGAAACUGGAGGGAGAAGUUUUUUCAACUCCGGUGGCGUUGUUGGCAACCGAUUCCUUUUUCGUCGGAUGUCGUGACAACAAUAUUUACCGGAUGGAAGUUUACUCAAAAACCAGUCGGUCGAAUUUAGACGCUACCAGCAGCCUUUGUUUUUUUAAGGUGCCAUUGUCGACGCCACCCAUCGCCAUUGGAGACGCCGUCCAUCACAGCCAGGACGCCGGCGUUGUUGAUUGUUUUUUUGGAAGGUCUGGUAUUUUCGGUGCUGUUUUAACUGCAUUGGAUUUGGUGUUGAGCUGUGAAAAAAAUUUUGGAAAUUUUAUUAGUUGGUUAAAUGCUGUUUGGUGUUGGCGUUUUGUAACAUAAAUUUGCUGUCCUGGA